AUGGCCGAAGAUACUUCCGCGGCGUUCCCCAUCGCCGAUGAGACCCUCUCCCAGUCUCUCCUCGACCUUGUCCAGCAAGCCAGCCACUACAAGCAGAUCAAGAAGGGCGCCAACGAGUGCACCAAGUCCCUGAACCGUGGUACCUCCGAGAUCGUCAUCAUGGCCGCCGAUACCGCUCCUCUGGCUAUCGUCCUCCACCUGCCCCUCCUCGCUGAGGACAAGAACGUUCCCUACGUCUACGUCCCCAGCAAGAUGGCUCUUGGCCGUGCCACCGGUGUCUCUCGCCCCGUCAUCGCCGUUUCCAUCACCACCAACGACGCCAGUGAUCUGUCCGCCCAGAUCCAGGCCAUCAAGAACCAGGUCGAGCGUCUCAUGAUCUAA